CACAAAGGCCCCCCUCCUCUAGAGAACACCCUGAGAACGACAAACCGGUCCCAACAACUCUAAAACGUGGACAGAUAUAGUAGGAGACAUGACCCCGCAGAGUGUGAUACGACGGCGCUUAGCAGUGCUGGUGGUUCGGAGUCGGGUGGGAAGAGUGUGCGGCGGUGUGUCAUUCCCCAACACAACAAUGAUGACACCAAGGCACCACCCCUCACGAAUGAUAGGCGGCUCUACAAGGGGCCUAUAUAUGGGUGCCACCGUCAGUCUGACGGAUUGUGCUGGACAAUAUAUGGAAAUCAUCGAGGGGAAAGUCCCCGUGCCGGAGGUGGAGAUCUUUCUCUACAAUCUCUUGAUGAAUGGGAACUUGGACGCGGCAACGGCGUUACUAUACAAGAUUGGUGUGGAGGUCCCGGACGAUGGACAGACGGUCUCAGACGACACCUGUCUCGCCAACAUAACUCUAUCGGACCAGAUCUGGUCUUUCUACCUCUCACAAAUCUGUGACGCAUCGCAUUACUCCGGGGCCACGCUUGUGUACCAUCGAAUCAUCAACCCUCCCACAGACUCCAUGUACCUCCCCUCGGACCAUGUGCCGUUCCUAGUCUCGGCAGAGUCCCUCGUGUACCUUGCCAUAAUAUUCCUGCGCAACCUGGACGCCACAAAGGUGCGUGGUUGCAUCGACUACUUCAAACGGUUCUACUCGUCGCUUGGCCAUCGACAUAUCUACAAGGACCUCCGCAUGCUUCUCGUCGAGGCCCAUAGUCGUGCGGGCCAGUUCGAACGUGCCUUGGCCGAGUUCACCGUCUUGGCCCAUGUGUUCAAACUGAAAACUGACUCUCUUUGGUACUCGCGUCUGAAGAUGUUUGUGUUUGACAAUUUCAGAUGGAGACGUACUGCCACCAAGCUCAACAUCCACAAGAAGGGCACGACCCUGCUGGAGCCCUUGGACGUUUCCGAGGCCCUGGUGGCAGCGUCCAUGGGGACAAAACUCUUUGUCCCCACCACGGAACGGAACAUCUACUCCUCACCAAACAAACCCGUCUACCCACUCAUAGCGGGGACCGUGCAUGUGGCAGACUUGCCUCAUUUCUACCGUCUAGUUCGGGCCAACGUCGAUCGUCUUAUGGCGCAAGAACUGACCCCAUUGGAGGAGAAAUUGCAAACUCUCUUGGGCUUUGUACGUACCUCUCAUCCUCUCCUCCAGAUUUUUGUGUUCAAAAGCUUGUGCGAUGGUGGGCAUCUCCAACAAGCGUUCCUCUUUUUAAUAAAACUUGAACAAAUGGAUCAGGACAAGUUCCUUCUUCAAUCGGCAAACUUCCGGUACUUUUUCCAAAGCUGUCGAGCAAAAUUGGAGUCCACCGUCGCAACCAUCACCACUACUGGUCCCACGAGUGCCACUACGGAAACCCUUUCCUCGACUCUAUUACUCUGCACCUCGAUGAUGCAGCUCCGUGAAUGGAACAUCGUUGGUGCCACGUUCCCACGGGUUCUUGCGGAAUACAUACAGGCGGUGAUGGCUUCACCCGGAGCCACCCAGGCCCAUAUCCAACCAUACAUGGACCAGAUAGUACUUGGAGGUUCUAAGGCGGCCCUUCUUGAAAUUCGUCUUGAUCUGGAAUCAUAUUCCAAAUUCAACGCUAUGUUUGGAAACCAGUACUCUUCAGCAGUAAAGGAAGCAAAGUAAGGCAGGGGGAUAAUAUUUGAAAGCAUAAUUCCUCCGCUAGGGUGAAACACAUGAAGCCAUCACCUAAUGUAAAUAUGGGAGUUUCAUCUUUGAGUACCCCUUCCAUGUUGCUUCCCGACUUUUCUAUAAAUACAUUCUUCCCCCAUAUCCUUGAGGGAAUCUUCUUGUACAUAGACAAUAUACAUAUCCGUAUCCACCCA